UCAUUGCGAGUUACAUGAAAUUCUCAAUAUAAACAUUUGAUUUCAACAAUGUUUAAACAACAGAAAUCAAAAAAUGUCAUAUUGACGUUUUAGAUACCCAUUUUAUAUCGAUUAAACAAUUUUCCAAUUCAUCACCUAAAAUGGAUGAGAUAAUGUUUAAAAAUAUGUGUAAAGAAAUUAUGAGGGAAUGUAAAAAUAGAAGUAUAAAAGUUAGUGAUCGUUUUAUAGCGUACUAUGUCAAACUUCUGUUAUUAAAUCCUGCAUGGAAUAUAUCUUUAACAAAUGCGGAAGAAUUAAGUAGAACUGACUUGCAAAAUUUUGUAAAAUACAUUUAUACAACACUAGAAAUCAAAGAUAGUCCAAAUGUUGUUACUUUAAAAAUGCAACUUUACUUCCAAUGUAAUUUUGAUACAAACGUAAACAUUAUCUCGGAUUAUCGGAAUAAAUUAAAUACUCAAUUGCAACCGUUGGAGCAAGAAAUAUUAAAUUUUAAAAGUAUUGAAGAUGAUGAUUUACAAAAACUAUUAAAGUUAAUUGUUAAUUACCUCACGUUGUUGCAUGGCUUGGGGAAUCCUUCUUCAGAUCAAGUUUAUCAACAAGCUGAAACUGCAUUAAAAAGCGUCUUUUAUAAAAGCGAAUUAAUAGAAUUUAUUCUCGAAGAAAAUCACGACGUAAAAAUCGACCAUCUCAAUAUGUUAUCUAAAUUAGUAGCAGGAAUAAGAGUUUUUAAUCAACGAGCAAUGAAAUCUGGCGAGGGAAUUGAAGAUUUACCUUCACUUCUUGCGCAGGCGAAUGAGCAAACGCAUUCUGAUCUUCAUUAUAUUCUUCAUGAUAUCAUGAAUUUCGUUAACGCACUUACAACAGCAAUUGAUCUUGGUUUUAUUAUUGUAAGAGAUGAUGAGGAGGAUGACGGAACUUUGAAAUUGGUGCUGGAAGAUCAAAAUAAAUAUGGAAGUUAUAUUGAUUACUUGAUAGAUCUUUUAGUGCUUUAUAGGCAAUAUGAAAUUUUUAUAAGACAAAUAAUUGAUGAGGUUGAAUUAUCUAAAGGGAAAUUAGAAGCUAUGUUUGAACAACUCGAGAAUAUAUUGAAAGAAACUUAUUCAAUUAUUUAUCAUAAAACUAUGGUUCAAGCUUCUAUUAUUUAUCCUCAAUUUAUAAAAAUAGCUGAAAUUUGGUACAUAAUGCAAAACGAGGUUAUUGAGCUAUCAAACAUUAAUGAUACAGUUGAGAACUUAAAAAUUUAUUCAGAGCAAACUAAUCGUUACGAAGACAUUAUUUACCAAAUAAUUGCAAGAAGACAAAUUUUAACCGACGAAGACCGCAUGGAAAAAACCGGAAUGUACCGCAAAGCAAUGUUAUAUUGCAAAAAUACAAUCAUAUUAAACCCUGGUAAAAUUCCCAAUUUCGAUCAAGAACCACUAGAACUUUUGGGUUUUUGUCCGUGGAAAUUCGUUCAAAGUGGAGGGGCAUUAAUUCCUGGAAAUCCGGGAAAUGGAGUUGUUAAAAUAAAAAAGAGAUAUUACGUUUUUUCAUGCGUCGAAGCUAUACUAGAAUUUAUUAAAGACCCAGAAAGAAAUGUAUGUCGAGUAUUAGAAUUAGCACGACUUAAACCGGAAGUAAUCGACAUUUUAAGACUUUACGAUCAAUUAGAUGAAGUGAAAACAAUUUAUCAAUUAGUUAAACCGAUCGUAAAAGUAAUAGCAACAGCCGACGAAAAUAUACAAACUGAAGAUCAUCCAGAAAGGUCUCACAUCGAUCCCGAAUAUAUGUGGAACGUCUGGGAUUGGAAAAGAAAAGCUUUAAAAAUGGCUGAUGUAGCAAAGAGAUUGACAAAGUCGACACAAACGAAUGCCACAUCAUCAAGGGGUUCAAUAAAAGUACAAACACACUUCUUAAAGGAUCACAACUAUCAAACCAAAAAAGAUGCUGGAACUUGUGUUCCUACACCAUCAACAUUUAUUUUUGGUUUGAGAGGACGCAAAGAUGAUAAACAAUUUAUUAUUACGUUAACGCGACCUAUUGAAGAGAAAAUUUGUGCUGAUCUUACAGAAAAUUGUCGAAAAUAAAUUAAUAAAACGAAUUUACUUCUUAA